AGUCAUUACAUCCACUCAGUUCCGGACACAGUGUCCUCCUGUCAACAUUGUUUGACAUUAUUUUGAGGCCAACUUCCCGCUCCCACAUGGAGUUGUGGCAGUGGGUGCAGUGUCACUGUUGUGUUUUAUGCAACGUGUUUCCUGUUUCCUAUCGCACGUCAGAGGGGGUUUUAUCAGCGUGUGCCAGCCGUGGCUUCAUAGCACUCAGCCCCUCUCCAUGCAACAAGGAACACAGUCCCCACGGCAACAUCUUCUCAUAAGCAAAUAAAAGGACUCAUGGAAAUGAGGGGUAGUCCACUGUUUCUUAUCCAGCUCCUGUAUCUCCUGCUCCCCCUGCUGGUGAGUGAAGGAUGCCCCUUGUACUGCAGCUGCCGCAACAGAAGAGUGAUCUGCAGCGGCCGUAAACUCACCAGCGGCAGCCUGCCCACCGCCUUCCCUGCGGACACCGUCGAGAUCCAACUCCACGACAACAGGCUGACCUCCCUACCCAACGGCCUGCUGGACCCCCUGACUCACCUACGCUCCGUCUCCCUCCACGGCAACCCCUGGGUGUGUGACUGCGGUGUGCUCUAUCUUCGCAGCUGGCUGCUGAAGCAGGAGGACCGCAGCCUCUACCGCAAUGUGACCUGCAAUUCCCCUCCGGGCCUGCAGGGGAGGCUGGUCAUGUACCUUGUGGAGGAGGAGGUACUGGACUCCUGCCAGUAUUGGUAUUGCAACCUGGCACUGGCCUCCCAGCUCGCCCUCUUCAUCUUAAUUGGAGUGCAGGCUGUCUUGCUUGUCUUCCUCAUUUACUUCCUCCGCCGCUAUGAGAAGCUGUCCCGAGAAGCUAGGCACACAGGAGAGGAGAGCUUUGCGGGCGGGGAGACAGAAAAUGAGUAUGUGCUGUUGAAGGACAGGACAGCCUAAGUAGUGGGACCAGGGUGAUGACAGACUGCAGAGGGGAAACAGCAAAGGACACAGUAGGUGUUGCAAAAAAGAUGGGACCACCUGAAAGGCAGGGCUAAGGAAGGGUGAGUGGGGGUCAAUCUGGGCAGGAGCAAUAGAAAGAGAACUGCCCCAGGAAACAAAGGACCAAUAGCACUGAAGGAAGACAACUAUGCAACAACUAUGCUGGAGAUGGACAGCAAAAUUCCUAUUCACAUUAUGUUAGUCUUUUAUGUAAGGAUCAUGUCUUUGUAAAGUGUAUCUGCCUCAAGUCUUUGAACUUUGGUACUAUGCCACUGCUAAGCUCUACUAUGGCCUCAUUACCUAAAACGGAUACACCUACUGAGGGACUUCUUUCUAUUCUAAUUCUGAAAUGUAUGACCAAAAUGCCCUCAAAGCAUGGCUUUUUGAUUAAUUUUAUGAGACCAAAUAAAGACACAAGUGUUAUU